AUGGCCGCCGCGGGCUACUGCUCAAGAGGAGGGAGGGGGAGCAGCCCCGCUCCUUUCUCCGGCCAGUUCAUCCGGAGAAUCUCUUUCUCUUCCCGUGGGCUGGGAGACCACCUGGGCGCCUGCGUCUCCGCGCUGCAGGCGUGCGCCUCCCUGCGGGAGGUCUCCAAGGGAGUCGCCAUCCACGCGUGCGCCGUCGUGAGGGGAUGGCUCGGGGAGUCUCCCUUUGUGGUCACCAGCCUCAUCAACUUCUACUCCAAGUGCGGCCGCCCCGGGGACGCUCUCGCCGUCUUCCGCCGGGCUGCCGGCGCCUCCAACGUCUUCCAGUGGAAUGCUGCCAUCGCGGGGAUGGCCGCCAACGGGCUUCCCCGCGAGGCCCUCAGCCUCUACCGCGAGAUGGAGGCGGCAGGGUUGGCGCCGGACAAGUUCACCUUCCCCUGCGCGAUCAUGGCCUGCGCGGACCUCUACAGGGAGGGCUGCUGUUCCCUCUCCCUGGUGGAGCUCAGGAGCCUCCACUGCCGGUUGACGAAGAUGGCGCUCCAGUCCGACGUCUUCGUGUCCAGCGCCCUGGUGAACGCCUACAUGAAGGUGGAUUCCAUGGAGUACGCCGCGAGGGUGUUCGAGGGAUUGCCCGACAGGGACGUGGUCCUCUGGAACUCCAUGGUCAACGGCCUCGCCCAGGGAAGUCGACUGGAGGACGCUCUGCGAUUCUUCCAGAGGAUGGCGGCGGAAGGGGUCGCGCCGAGCAAGUUCACCAUCACCGGAGUCGUCUCCGUGUUCUCCGCCAUGGGGGACCUCCGCGGCGGCGGAGGGAUGCACGGGCUGGUGGAGAAGUCGGGGCACGGUGCCGACGUCGCGGUCUGCAACUCGCUGAUCGACCUGUACGGGAAAUGCGGCGCCGUGGAAGAAGCGGGAAGGAUCUUCGGGGCGGUGCCGGAGAAGGAUCUCCUCUCCUGGAACUCGAUGAUAACCGCCCUUGUGCAAUCCGGCGACCACGGCGGCGCCCUGAGGCUGUUCGACCGCAUGCGGAGAGGCCCCGGUGAGCCGUCCCCGGACGCCGUCACGGCGUCGGCCGUCCUCCCGGCGUGCGCCCACACGGCGGCGCUGAUGCGCGGCCGCGAGGUCCACGGCUCCCUAGUUGUCGGCGGUCUGCGGCGGCGCGGGGACAUCUUCCUGGACAACGCCGUCAUGGACAUGUACGCCAAGUGCGGGAGCCUGGGGGACGCGAGGUCCCUCUUCGAGAGGAUGCCCUCCCGCGACGUCGCCUCCUGGAACAUCAUCAUCGGUGGGUACGCCGCCCACGGGCGGGGACCGGAGGCCCUGCGGUUCUUCUCCCGCAUGUGCCGCGAGGCGGCGGCGCCGUCCCCCGACGAGGUCACCUUCGUCGGCGUGCUCUCCGCGUGCAGCCACGGCGGGCUGGUGGCGGAGGGGAGGGAGCUCCUGCGGAGGAUGGGGACGGAGUUCGGCGUGCCCCCCGCCGUGGAGCACUACGCCUGCGCCGUGGACAUGCUCGGUCGCGCGGGGCUGCUGGCGGAGGCUCACGAGUUGGCCGCCAGCGUGCCGACGGGGCCCAGCCCGGUCGUAUGGAGAGCGUAUCUCGCCGCCUGCAGGCUGCACGGCGCCACCGACCGCGCGGCGGCGGCGGGGGGGGGGCUGCUGGAGAUGGAGCCGGAGCACUGCGGGAGCUACGUGCUCCUGUCGAACGCCUACGGCUCAGCGGGGAGGCACGGGGAGGUGUCAGCGAUCAGGAGCGCCAUGAGGGGCCGCUGCGUGAGGAAGACGCCCGGGUGCAGCUGGAUCGAGCUGGGCGCGGAGGUCCACGCCUUCGUCAUCGGCGACCGGAGCCACGAGGCGUCCGACAGCAUCUACGCCCUGCUGGAGGCGCUCGCCGGCCGCCUCCUGGAAUGCGGAUACCUCCCCGACGCGCACCCGCCGGGUGAGUGA